AUGGUGUAUGAAGAGCAAGCAGCAUUUAUUCCCGGUAGAUCCAUUUCUGAGCAUUGUCUGUUGGCUCAGGAGAUUCUCCAUAAGUUCAAGGUAUCCAAGAAUAAGAAGGGAUUGAUGGCUCUUAAAUUGGAUAUGGAACAAGCAUAUGAUAGCAUGGGCUGGUCAACACUUCAUCAGGUUCUUAAGUGGAAUGGUUUUCCUACUUUGUUUUCUAACCUCAUUAUGGAAUGUGUUGUAGAUGUGAGGUUUUCUAUCAUUAUCAAUGGAAGAAAUUCCAAUUGGAUUUGUGCUAAAAGUGGCUUCCGUCAAGGAUGUCCACUUUAUCCGUAUAUAUUCAUUAUGUGCUCUCAACUCUUAUCCAAUUCUUUGGAGCAAAUGGGAAAGGAUCUUGGUAUUCGGAUUUCACCUAGAGGUCCAAGGAUCACACAUCUCCUUUAUGCAGAUGAUGUGUUGAUUUUGUCUCAUGUUUCUAUUACUUUAGCCAAAGAAUUGAAGAAAAUUGUGAAGGAUUCUUUGUUACACCAAACUCUGAAGGCAAAAUAUGGAGAUGAGAUUAUGAAGGAUGAUCAGAAGAAAGUCACGUCUAGUGCUUGGAAGAUAAUGCUGGAUGGGGGAAAAAAUUUGAAGAAUGCUAUUAGAUGGAAGCAGCUAUUGACUUUUAAUGGUGGUUGGAAUUCUGAAUUGCUUCAGAGGGCCUUUCAUUCAGAGCUUAUUUUGUUGAUUUUUCAAAUCCAAAUCGAGGAUGUGGAGGAGGAUAAUAUAGAGUUGUUGAAAUGGUGUUCAGGGAAAACAAUUUCUGCACUAGUUUAUGAACAAAUGCUGAUUAACAGAUACAAUUUUGAUGAUGUAGAGUACUUCAAAUGGCUGCAAAAGCCCAAACUCAGCAAGAAGGUUGAAAUUUUUUGGUGGAGGCUAGGUAAAGCUGCAAUUCCAACUAAUCUUUUUCUUAAGAAUCAUAGAAUCUCAUUGAUGGAUAGUUGUGAGAGAGGAUGCCAAGUGGUUGAAUCUUAUGAACAUAUUAUGGUUCAUUGUAAGUAUAUGGUGGAGGUCAUCAUGAAGGUACCCGAAUGGGGUAUUAUGAUCCCUGUUUUUAACUCUUUGGAGGAAUGUCUACAUGAACUUAAAAGGCUUUCAACGUCUAAUUCUGGAAUUGCAAAGCUGUAUUGCUCGGUGAUUUAUCUUUCUUGGAAGAACAUAAACUAUGUGAAGCAUGGUAAAGAUGCAUUGUCUGGGUCUUUGGUUGCUUCCAAUGCAUUGUUCGUAGCUGUUUCCAAGUCUAGUCCUUAUCUUUCUAGCUGGGGUACUAACCUCCUUAGGGAGUCUUCAAAUACUUGGUGCCCUCCACCAAAAGAGUGGAUUAAGAUCAACUUAGAUGCUUCUUUACUUAGCUCUAAAUCUUGGGGGUAUUGGUGGGGUCUUUCGAGAUCAUAA